AUCUUCGGCCCUCCACGGGGGCGGAGCCUCCACACGUCAACAAGUCCAUGGCGAUUGGCAGAGAAGCGUUUCCCUCGGAUUCUAUUGGUCAGAUCAGCCAUAGGGGAGGGGCUUACGAGGAACCCAGCGCCUCGUCAACAACAUAGGUUGCUCGAGCUAAAAGCGGACAAAACGCUGCAUCCAGUCUGAAAUCAACCGUUUGCUGUUUCUAACAGUAGCCCGCCAUAAACCCGCGCUGCCCAUGUGUUGAUUCUCUGCGUCAGACCAGACCUGAAGAGCGAGGAUGUUGGUCCCCGCGGGAAGAUGAUGAAAAGGCUGCGCGUUCUGUUGGUGUGCCUCGUUGUAGCUCUCCUGUGCUGGUACCCCAGUCAAAAUGUGUGUUGUUCAGAGCAGAGCCUGUUGGGUUCAGCUCAGCCUGCCCAGGACAAAAAGCCUGACAGUGAGUCGGAGCAAGACUCCGCACGAAACAAGGUGUCAGAAAACUGUGCAACACACUCGUCAUAUGAUACGGAGCUAGAGACGGAGAAAGCCACACAAGAAAAUCAAGCAGCUCUUCAUCAUGAACAGACUGUGAAUCAAGUGGAAGCUGCAGGGGAGGAGGCGAAGUUCAAUGCAGAACAUGGUGGAGGACCUGUUUCUUUUGAGCCAACCCCAAAUCCCCAGAUUAAUUUAGAACUGCAAACUUGCACCAAGGAAAAUGACCAGGAUGUCUUAGUGCCCUCCCCAACAGAAGCUCCCCCACCCCAGGGCCAUAGAUCUGCAGAGGCUCCAGUCCCAGCAGAGUCAUCCAGUGAUUCCCUUCAUCCAAAUCCAGUCUUGGUCUCCACUGCAUCCCAAGAUGAAGCUGAACACAUACCUACCUCAAAGAGUGCCAGCCCAAUCACUACAGGUGCUGUGCGGGUUGCCAGUGCAGGAGAUGAACUCCCAGCAGACAGCUUUGUCUGUGGUGAGCACUCUGAUUCUCAGUGCAGGGUCAUUCCCCCCAAACUGGCAACCUGUGAAAGUCCCCCUUGUGGCCACUCUGUCCUCAGUGUGGAGGAGACUGAUUUAGAAGAAAAGCUGCCAAGCCAGAGUGACAGUCCUGAUCCCGAGGCAGGGUUACAGUCCAAACCAGGACCCCCAGAACUGGACCAGAAACCACAGGAGCUGCAAGACGGAUUCACUAAACUCCAGUACAAAGGCAACAAGUCUCAUCACCAUGAGGAGCAGGGGGCGGAGGCCAAUCCUCCCAAGGAACCUGAUCCGCAAGUCCCAGGUAAAGAGGACAUUCCAACCUUUGACGAGUGGAAGAAGCAAGUCAUGGAGGUGGAGAAGGAAAAGAGUCAGACCCUCCACACUUCAACAAGCAGCGGCUCUCAUCCUGUGAAGAAGUCCCAGAAAAACUUUAAGAAUAACUACGCAUCUGUGGAGUGUGGUGCCAAGAUACUAAGUGCUAACAGUGAGGCCAAGAGUACUUCUGCUAUUCUGAUGGAGAAUAUGGACCUCUACAUGCUUAAUCCUUGCAGCAACAAAAUCUGGUUUGUCAUUGAGCUCUGUGAGCCUAUUCAAGUCAAACAGCUGGACAUAGCUAACUUUGAGCUCUUCUCGUCAACACCUAAAGACUUUUUAGUUUCCAUUAGCGACAGAUAUCCCACCAACAAGUGGGUGAAGCUGGGAACUUUUCAUGCCCGUGAUGAGCGGAUAGUGCAGAGCUUCCCUCUGGAUGAACAGCUUUAUGCUAAAUUUGUAAAGAUGUUCAUCAAGUACAUAAAGGUUGAACUUCUGUCUCACUUUGGAUCGGAACAUUUCUGUCCUCUCAGCCUUAUCAGGGUGUUUGGUACUAGUAUGGUGGAGGAGUAUGAGGAGAUAGCAGAUUCCCAGUAUCCCUCAGAGCGACCAGAGUACCUGGAUGAAGACUAUGACUAUCCUCCUGGUUAUCAACCUUCAGAAGACAAGACUUCCAAAAACCUGCUUGGUUCAGCAACCAAUGCAAUUUUUGACAUGGUGAGUAAUAUUGCUGCCAACGUGCUGGGCGGCAAACCACGACCAGAGGGUGGAGCAGAGCGGGAAGGUAAUGUAACAGCUGAGGGUAGCGCAAAGGAGGUCACAAAUCCUGCAGCUACAGCUCUUCAUGAAUCCACAGUACCGGAAUCCACAAACUCUGAGCAGUCUGCAGCCCAGGAGGGCUCUCACGCCUCAAUGGACUCUUCUUCAUCUGAAGCAGAGAAGGUCAGACAGAUUGUCACUUUAGUUGAAGAAGAAGAAGACGAAGAAGAGCCCAGGCAGUCUACAGUCACUCUGAUGAAGGAGGACACAGAGGAAGAGGAGACAAACCAGGAGAAAAUAAGACAGGAGGCCGAUGGGAAAGAGUGGGAGAGCCAGACGUUCUGUCCCCCCUUCUUCCUUGCCCCGCCCCCCUCCCCGUCUCUGUGCUGCUCAGCCACUCUCCCGGAGCUGCUCCUCCACUGCUGCUCCGCCAGGAUCGCCAGGGAGAGAGUCCGCAGCCUCAAGAGGAGAGGAGUUCGCCCUCAGACACGUGUCAACAUGCACAUCCCUCCUUUGAUCAUUGCCUCUGUCCCAACACCGUCCCUGGAGCCCCUCCCUCUGACAGAAAAGGCUCCAGAGUCUGAGGACUCUGUCAGGAUUGAUACUGAGGGGGGGACUGUGGUUGAGACCCCCAGCACGGAUGACCACCCCAGAACUCUCCCUCCCAAAGCUCCCACUGCAGAGCCCCCUAUCCUGGAGCCCAGCAGAACCUCCAGCAUCCCCCCCCACACUUUCACAGACGUGUCCCUGACACGCCCCACCCCGGAGAAGACAGCAUCACCCUCCAGAAAGGAUGCAUCCAGAGUCGCUGUAGCCACUCCCCCCCUCCAGGCUGGCUCGAUCCUGGAGAGCCAGCAGGCCAGCAGCACCGCCCCCAUUCCUUCAGUCAGCUCCGCCCCUCUGUCCUCAGAAACACCUGCUGGUGCUGCAGUCUCCGCUGUCAGCGAGCAGCCCGCUCUGCUGCUGCUCACUGCAGCCAGGCCUGAAGACCUCCAGACUCCUCCCACUGACCUGACAGCCUCCCUCACACCAUCCGAUGGCCACCCAGAACCACUGAGCUCAGCUGCAGACACUGGGGGGGACAUGCACAGACAAAGUACUAAGGCUCCUCAGGUCCACGUGGAGGGAGACUUACUCCCUCAGUCGGAGGAUGGUAUGGAGGAGGAGCUGCUGAGCCCCGGGGCGGGCAGCAACACCCAGCGGGGGGCUACGGACUUCUAUGCAGAGCUGCAGAAUGCAGGGGACUACAGUGGUGGAGCGGCGAGUGGGAACGGCGUUCUGCUGAAUGGAGGAGCGGUCCAUGGGUCCAGUCAGAAGGAGAGUGUGUUCAUGAGGCUGAACAACAGAAUCAAAGCUCUGGAGAUGAACAUGAGCCUGUCCAGCAGAUACCUGGAGGAGCUCAGCCAGAGGUACCGUAAACAGAUGGAGGAGAUGCAAAGAGCUUUCAACAAAACCAUCACUAAACUGCAGAACACGUCCCGCAUAGCUGCUGAGCAGGACCAGAAGCAGACCGACUCCAUCCAGGUCCUGCAGACCCAGCUGGAGAACAUCACCAAACUGAUGCUUAAUCUUUCAGCCACCGUCAGCCAGCUGCAGACGGAGGUCUCGGACCGUCAGAGCUAUCUGGUGGUGUCUCUGGUUCUGUGUCUGCUGCUGGGGCUGCUGCUGUGUCUGCAGUGCUGCCGUAGCUCUACACCCAGCUCUCCCACCAACGCAGCUGCCCAUCCCAAGAGCAACAAUUACCCCAGCCCCAAGAGAUGCUUUUCUUCCUAUGAUGACAUGAGCCUGAAGCGCCGGGUGACGUGUCCGCUUGUUCGCUCCAAAUCCUUUCAGCUUCCUUCUUCAGAAGUAGGUCCAGAUGACUUGUACAUUGUAGAACCUCUCAGGUUUUCUCCAGAGAAAAAGAGAAAACGCUGCAAGACAAAGUCCCUGGACAAAGUGGAGACCUUGAAGGCGUUUGAUCCCUCUGCAGUCUUGGCAAAUGGAGGUCCCAAGUGUGAUGGCUUCAACCAAUGCCUCCCUCCAUCACCACCCCCUUUUCUACCACCUCCCCCUCUACCACUGCCCACUCCACCUGCAGAGGAGGUGUCAUUAUUGCCGCCCUGCAGGCCGAAUGAGUUUCUGACCGAGACGAGCAGUUGCGGCUCCUCCACUCAUUCAGAGGAGUCGUACACCAGCCGCCUUCCUCCUCCCUCUCCCACUUUCCCCUCCGCUGGCUUGUGCAAUGGCCACACCCUUACUUUUCCUCCCAGUCAGUCUUCGGCCAAAUCCCGCCAGGAGAAGCGCUCGAUGAAGCGCCGAAAGUCUAGACAAACAGAGCUGCAGUUCCCUCACAUGCCAGGACGAGGCGCUCUGCCCGCUCUGCAGCAGCUCAUGAAGGGAAACAAGGAGAUGAGUGUGGGGACCAUUCAGAUGACAGUGGUCUCUGGACGGGUUUAAAAGGUCACAAUAAGAACGGUUUGUUCACUAGAAACUAGCAGACAUGUGAGGCAAACAGAUAUUAGCAAAUCCCAAAGAACCACAUUUCCCAUGAACAUUUGAACAUUUCCCACAACAUUGAUAUGAAGAGGGUGUGGCUGCAUUGCUUCAGAUUGUUCAGCCCUUAUUCACUCCAGUCAAAGACCUGUUUAUGGUGAUGUGCCUUUGUACCUGUUUUAGACUGUGUUUUCUUAAGAAACCUGUAUGUAUGUUGAAGUUUUAAUGCACACAAGAAAACGAUGGGUGAAAGUGUCAGACAUGUCCAACCCUUUUUGAUAAGCACAUGGUCCACUAACUACGACAAUUGAUGAUGGAUUUUUUUUACUGUCUCUGAGAAGAAGAAACUUCAACCCACACUCUGAA